AUGGCGCUCCAUCCAGUCCUCAGCCUUUCCAUUGGAGUUGGGUCGCCUGGCGUGGAUGGCGACGGCGACGGAGGCUCAGCUGCUCCUUCGACAACGUGCGAGGUCGUCAAAGAAGAGCCGCGAACAGUCCUGGACACCUUGCUCGGUUCGGAUGUCGAUGUCACUCCAGCCCAGCCGGAGGAGGACUACACCGGGGUCAUCUCCCUGACCAUCUGCUCCAUGAGCGAUGGCAUUGCCAGCCUGGAAGUGUCGGGUGACACAGCCAUCGAAGACGUGAAAGGUCGUGCCGUGCAGCUUCUGGUUCUCCUACCGCAGCGCGGUACGGGCUCAGUGCUGCUGGACGCAUCAAGCGGCAAGGUGCUGCCAGGCAACGGGACAGUGCGCUCCUGUGGUCUUUCUCGCCGAAGUCGGCUGCUUCUGCUGGGAAAGUCCAGACUGUAUGCCCCCAAAGAUCUCCACGUGUCUGCCAUCCUCGUCUACACCCAGCUGGCAGCAGAAAAGUACGUCUUGGCCAAGCCUCACUGCCUCCGAGAGACGGAAGAUCUGCUCCUCCGCAUGGACAUGACAGAGUAUGCUGGGACGCUGAGCGGCGUGGAAAUCCCCGGCGGUCACCUCGGCCGCUUCAUGACGCUUCCAGUCGGAGAUGACAGCUCCGCCCAGCGAGUGGAGAAGGAGGACGUCCGGGAAGUCUACAUUCCACUGAGCCGCUUGCGGCGAUAUUUGACCGGGUGA